UGGCGCGUGGCGCCGCCUUCUUUCUCAUCCACGGAGAAGUCGGUGUGCUCGGUUGUAGCCCGUCCCGAGUAAUUCCCUUGCGCGUGGAAGGCGGACCAGUAAGGGCGUGGACGCACACAAAAGCGGCACGGAUAUCGGGAAAAAAAGCCAGACGUGUCCAGCGCGCGCAGACAACAGGUUUCUGGCUUGGUCUCACUGUUACCACACAGGAGUCUCUCUAUUCAACAUCCAACAAACGUCAGAAUGAGCACCUUGAGACCGUCCGAACCGGGGCCGUUAGAGGAGAUAAUGUUAAUGAAGAUGAUAGUGAUUCACGAGGCGCUCAUGGGCAGCGAUGCCCGCCGUUACGGUUCCCCGGUGGCGCGUGUAGAAUAAUGAAAGUUGGGGUCAAACGCAGAGAGCAGAGAUGUCGGUGCCUUUGCUGAAGAUCGGUGUGGUGCUCAGCACCAUGGCCAUGAUCACCAACUGGAUGUCCCAGACUCUUCCAUCACUGGUGGGGCUCAACACCACUAAACUAACCGCGGCGCAGGGCGGCUAUCCGGACCGGAGUAUAGGAGUGUUACCCGCUAACCCAGAGGAGUCCUGGCAGGUGUACAGCUCAGCUCAGGACAGCGAGGGCAGGUGUGUGUGUACGGUCGUCGCACCUCAGCAGACCAUGUGCUCGAGAGAUGCCCGUACCAAACAACUCCGCCAGCUACUGGAGAAGGUGCAGAACAUGACGCAAUCAAUCCAAGUAUUGGACCAGCGGACCCAGAGGGACCUGCAGUAUGUGGUGAAGAUGGAAGAUCAGCUCCGUGGCUUGGAGACCAAAUUCAGACAGGUGGAAGAAAACCACAAACAAAACAUCGCCAAGCAAUACAAGGCCAUAAAGGCAAAAAUGGCGGAGCUGCGUCCACUGAUCCCCGUUCUCGAAGAGUACAAAGCCGAUGCUCGGCUGGUUCAGCAGUUUAAAGAGGAAGUGCAGAACUUGACGGCCAGCCUGGGCCUCCUUCAACAUGAGAUGGGAGCGUACGACUACGACGACCUCCACUCCCGUGUGGUCAGCCUAGAGGAAAGGCUACGUGCAUGCAUGCAGAAACUUGCAUGUGGGAAGCUGACGGGCAUUAGUGAUGCAAUCACUGUUAAAACAUCUGGGUCACGGUUCGGAUCCUGGAUGACCGAUCCACUCGCUCCUGAAGGAGACACUAGGGUGUGGUACAUGGACGGUUACCAUAACAACCGCUUUGUGAGGGAGUACAAGUCCAUGGCAGACUUCAUGACGUCUGAUAAUUUCACGUCUCAUCGGCUGCCACACCCCUGGUCUGGAACCGGUCAGGUGGUCUACAAUGGCUCCAUCUAUUUCAACAAAUUCCAGAGUAACAUGAUCAUUAAAUUUGACUUCAAGACAUCCACCAUCAGCAAGUCUCAGCGUCUGGACAAUGCCGGCUUCAGCAACACCUACCACUACGCCUGGGGUGGACACUCGGACAUCGACCUCAUGGUGGACGAGGGCGGACUCUGGGCUGUGUACGCCACCAAUCAGAACGCGGGUAACAUUGUCAUCAGCAAACUCCACCCGAUAACCCUACACAUCAUUCAGACCUGGAUGACCAAUCACCCGAGACGCAGCGCUGGGGAGUCGUUUAUGAUUUGCGGGACAUUGUACGUGACCAACGGCUACUCAGGAGGGACAAAAGUCUACUAUGCCUACCACACCAACUCCUCGAUGUAUGAGUACAUUGAUAUUGUUCUCCAAAACAAAUACUCGCAUAUCUCGAUGCUGGACUACAAUCCACGAGAUCGUGCACUGUAUGCCUGGAACAAUGGACACCAGGUGCUCUACAACGUCACUCUUUUCCAUGUCAUCCGCUCCGAGCAGCUGUAACCAUGGAGAAUGGACUGAAAUGAUGGGAAACGUCCAACAACUAGCAUUGACAGACGGGUUGGAAAGCAUUUUGGAUUCUCUCAAAGAGGAAUGAAAAACUGAACACAGUUCAGACAAUCCUUGGGAAUGUUCUUCAACAGAUUGUUAUAAAAAUGUUAUGCUGAAUGGAAAAACUAAUUCAUUUCUGGAACUAUAGACAUGAGAAUGAAAGAACAAAUAUCAAAAUAAUGAUCAGAAUGCCAAAAAAACAACAGAUAAACGAAGCCACGCCUUUCUUUUAUACAUAAGAACUUCUGUUUGUAGAUGAUUGUCCAUUCAAUUGUUUUACAGUAGCACUAAAAAGACAUUUGUACAUGCUUUCUGUGUAUUGAAGUGGGGGAUGGGAAAUACAGUAAGUUAUGAACUAGGAAUACUCAACCCAUUCCUCAUUAACCAAGUGUGUGCAGGAAAAUCUUUGGCGCUUUACUUGGCAAACUCACAUGGAGAUCUAUCACAGUCUGUGCAAUAUCAUAAGCCCAACUUGUGUGUGCUUUGCAGAGCUAAUUUAUUUCAAUAAUGAUAUUCAAAUUUAAAAACGUGAUUGGCUGAUGGUGCUGACUGUUGAAAGCUCUGAUGUUGUUCAAAGAACUCUAGUGAGAUUUUACUUGAACUUCUCUGCAGUUAACUUCUCUAGACAUGGUCAUGAUAUUUUAUAUUAAUUAUUGUAGCACCUGAGAUCAAACCAAAACGUGCUAUUAAAGGGAUCGUUCACCCAAAAAUGUUAAUUCUUUCAUCAUUUAUUCACUGUGGAACACAAAUGGAGAUGUUAGGCAGUAUGUUAGUUUCAAUCGCCAUUUACAUUCUUUGCAAAUUUUCUCCAUAUAUUGCAAGUGAACUGAGACAAACAUUCUACCCUAAAUCUCCUUAUGUGUUCCCUGGAAGAAAAUCACAUGGCAACAUAAGGAUAAGAGAACUUUCAUUGGAUGAACUAUCCCUUUAGGGCAUAAUCCCAACCAAUAUUAAGAGUUGUCAUGCGACUAUGUUGGAUAGUCCACACUGCCCUAACAAUCUCCAGCUUCCAAUGGUUGUUGGGUUUUGUUUGAUCAGUAUGUUCAUUAAGUUGGCGUUUGUUGGGGCAGUCUAAAUGAGCCUUUAAAGUCAACAUGAAAUCACAAUUGUCCCUAUUUACGUUCUUUUAAUAUUGUGUGUAAAUAUGUUCAUUCUAUUCAAAAGAAAGACAUUUCUGUCUUCUUAAAUAUCUCGCACUGCCUCUGAAAUGGCCCUUUUAGUUUUUCAUCCACUUAUCUCGUCUUUGGAGUGUCGCCCAUUUUCUCUAUCAAAUCAAUUUGUGAUAUAUAGAAAUAUUUUUCUCAUUUAAUAUCCGGUUUCACUCUAAAAAAUGGAAAAAGGGGUUGUGAAUGCUGAUUCAUGUUGACUUUAAACAUUCUCUGGUGAGAAUAUCACUCUUCAAGCUAACGAUACACACUUGAUGUGUUUGCAAAUAGACAUACAUCAGCAUCAUGGUUGCUAUGAUACACCAUGUCUGCAACUGAUGUGCGAGAUGUUGAUAACAAAUGGUUCAGUUCAAAUCUUGUGCUGAAUUUGAGUCUUUGCUGGUGAUUUCUUAUGAAACGUUUUUUUCUUAUUGCAUGAACAGUUUCAACCUGUGCAGGUGUGCUCAAAGGAAUGUUUACCUGUACAAUGCAGUGCAUCUGACUGAUAUCUGAUCAGGGUUGGGGGUCAUACAGGGCACAUAUCGUAGGGAGGAGUUUGCGGGUUGGGUGGUUAAACAUGGGUAUUAAAAAAAGAUGCUUGUUUUGUUUUGAGUGGCUUGUUUCUUAACUCCCAUUCUUGAUUUUGUAGAUUUAUAGUUCGUUUUUUGUAAUAUUGUACUUUCGGCUUGGGUGAUGCUUCAAUGUCAUUGUUUUUAUUUGAUGGUGUUAGGAAGCCAUAUUACGAUUUCAGAAUGUAAAAUGUCUUAAGACAGUAUAGAAUAAAUCUAUGUCUAAAAUAUGAAUAUUAAACUAUAUUAAAAGAUCAUUGAGCAGUCUGAUAUGUAUUGUAGGCAUUAUAUCAAGGCUCAUACUGUCUUAUAAAGCUAUCAGCCUUCAUUCUUUUUGCGCUUAGCUGUACGUGUGUUGUAUCUGCAAUACAUUGAUUCUUGCCAAUAA